AUGGCGGAAUUCAGUCUCGUUCAGUCGCAGUACCAUGACGUCUACCCUUUCAUCUCCGCUUCCUCAGGCCUAGCCAACGCUUCCACUUCUCGAUCUGUUCUCGUCGUCGGGGCCGGGAGUGGUAUUGGAAAAGCCGCCGCAGUUGCUUUUGCCCAGACAGGCGCCACAAAUGUCAUCAUCGCCGGCCGACGAGUCGCAAACCUCCAGGUCGUGAAGGAUCUCGUCAACUCCUCGUUCCCAAAGACCAAUGUACUCGCGGUCCCUUGUGAUGCUGCAGAUACUGCCAGCGUAGACAAGCUCUUCGCCGAGAUCGCCGCAGCAGAUAUCACCCUCGAUGUAUUGGUCAACUCUCAAGGAACCGUCAGAUCCAAGGCUUCCCUCAGGAACAGUGACCCAGAGGAAUGGUGGGCCGAUUGGCAAGUCAUGGUCAAGAGCCCUUACCUUACUACACGCGCUUUUCUGCGUUCUCUCGCGAUUCCGGAAGAGCGACCAGCCACUCCAACACGCGCCAUUGUGAAUCUUAGCAGUAUCGGCAGUAACCUCAUUCUCCCUGAGGCAACAUCAUAUGGUGCGCCAAAGACGGCUUUGAACAGACUUACCGAGUAUGCUGCCGCCGAGGCUACGCGUUUGGGCGUCCAGGUUAUAGCUUACCAUCCAGGUGGUGUUGCUGACACCGACAUCACAAGCCUCAGUGCGGACUUCAUGAAGGCUUUCUAUGUCGAUACACCGGAAUUGGCCGCUCUGACUGCUGUGUAUCUUUCGACUCCCAAGGCAAGCUAUCUGUCAGGGCGAUACGUGGAUGCAACAUGGAAUCUGGAAGAGUUGGAGCAGUUCAAGGAGAAGAUCCUGAAGGAGGACCUGCUCAAGACCGCCGUGUUGGGAGAGUCUAGACGUAAGAUGCCGCAGCAAAUACAGGACAUGGUUGAGCAGCUGUAA